AUGGCGGCUGAGCCCUCAGACCCCAGCCUGGGGGUCCCUCCCACCCCGGGGGACCUGGUCAUCAGGCUCAGAAAUACUAAAAUUGGAAAACGAAAAACGGUGAACGGCAGCCGCGUGGAGAUUUCGCCGCUGAUUUCCCUUCCCUUCAACGCGGUCUCCCUGCUGACCCUCCUGGUGGGCCUGUGCGGCCUGGCGGGGGACGGGGCCGUCAUCUGGCUGCUGGGCUUCCGCGGGAAGAGGACCCCCUUCUCCGUCUACAUCCUCCACCUGGCCUGCGCCGACGCCGCCUUCCUCGCGGGGCGGUGCUCGUCCCUUCGUACCUGGCGGGGGCUGGGCCUGCUGGUGGCCGUCAGCACCGAGCGCUGCGUCUCCGUGCUCUGGCCCCUCUGGCACCGGUGCCGCCGGCCCGCCCGCCUCUCCUCCGUGGUGUGCGGCCUCAUCUGGGCGCUGUCCCUAGGCCUGGGGGUCCUGGGGGUCCUGUGUGACGACUACGUUGGGUUCUCAUGUAGGGAGAUCUCGCUCAUCUAUUACGGGGCGUCGGCCAUCACCUUCCUGGGGCUGUGCGCGUCGGGCCUGACGCUGCUCGUCCGCGUCCAGUGCGGCCCCUGGAGGCGCCGGCCCAGCCGGCUCUACGUGACCCUCCUGCUCAGCGUCCUGGCCUUCCUGCUGCUCGGGCUGCCGUACGGAGUGGGCUACAUGAUCCACGCCCUCUCCCCAUCCAUGCCCUACGGUUACAUCCUGCUGCCCGUCUGCCACCUCCUCUCCGCCCUGAACUGCCUGGUGAACCCCGUCAUUUACUUCUUCGUGGGGAGCCACGGGCGGCGCAAGGGCAGAGCCCCCCUCCGAGACGUGCUCCAGAGGGCGCUGAGGGAUGAGGAGGAGGGGCCUGAGCAGAGCAGCACCUCCGUCUCCAGAGAAAUCGAGGUGUCCCCCUGA